GCCGUUCUCUUUUUUUCGUUUCUUUCUUUGCAGUCGCUUCGUUCUCAGGUAAGGCCCGUAACCUUACGAAACUUCCUUUUCAAUCACUAUUUGAAUCGAUAGUUUAGAUUGCUCCCUUUAGGCAUUUCAUACAUCCUUUUUUAUGUACAGACUUGUAAAAUUGAUGCAUAAUGCUGUUUAUGAAUCUAUAUUUGAUCGAUCCUUUGUUUGGCUGAUACAUGUCUAUCAAUCUAGUAUUAAUUGCUCGAAUCUGAACCCAAAAGCAGCUCAUUCAGUCAUAGGAUUCAUCACAUUGUGCUGUAAUGGUAUUUCCUUACGUUUAUGUAUCUGUUUGAGUUCCUAGAUUAGCUUUAUUUUAGCCUUACAUAUAUAGAAAAAGGUGAAUCAAUAAACAAGCAACGCAGCCAAUUAUGCCGUCUCUCUCAGCCAUUCAUUCCAUCACCGAGUCUUUUAACACCAUCAUUAAUCGUCUCUCCCGGCAAGGCGCUCACUGUGAUGUCCUCCUUAAAUAUGCUUCUUUGCUUCACAACCGUAUUCUUCCAGAUGCCAAUACCUUCCCCAGUCUCCUCAAAGCUUGCGCUUCCUUAGACCUCUACUAUCCUGGUCUCUCUUUACAUCAGCAUUGCAUCGUUAAUGGAUAUUCCUCUGAUGCCUAUAUUGGGUCUUCUUUGAUUGAUUUCUAUGCUAAGUUUGGGUACUCCCACUAUGCCCGCCAUGUGUUUGAGUCUAUGCCUGAGAGAAAUGUCGUUCCUUGGACUACUAUGAUUCGAUGUUAUUCUCGAGCUGGUGAGCUAAGCACCUGCCUUUGUAUGUAUAACCGGAUGCAACACCAAGGUAUCCGCCCCAGUUCAGUUACUAUACUUGUUAUACUUUCUGGAAUCUCAGAGGGGAUUUAUGUUCAAUGUCUACAUGGUGCCAUAAUUCGGCUUGGAUUUUGUACAGAUUUGUCUUUAUUGAACUCACUGUUGUAUGUUUAUGGUAAAUGUUAUAGAGUCGAGGAUGCGAGAUGCCUGUUUGAUUCAAUGUGCAUACGAGAUGUAAUUUCAUGGAAUUCCAUGAUCAAUGUAUAUUCCAUUGUUGGCGAUGUUAAAGAAACAUUACAUCUAGCAAACAUGAUGAGAAUGGAAGAUGUUGAGCCAAACCGCCAGACGUUUAAUUCAUUGGUUUCUGCUAAUGCUAAACAAGGUAACUUCAAGAUUGGGAGAUUAUUGCAUGCUAGGGUACUAACAGAUGGUUUUGAGUUAGACAUGCACAUCAAGACAUCGCUCGUGGUUAUGUACUUGAAAUGCAAAAACCAUGACGAUGCUUUUCGAAUAUUCGAUCAGAUUAAAGAUAAAGACAAUAUUCUUUGGACGGCAUUAAUCUCCGGGCUUGUACAGGAUGAAUUUCCGGACAAGGCCAUUGAAGUGUUCAGAAAAAUGGUGUUAUCAAGAACGAUGCCAUCAACUGCAACCAUUGCUAGUAUUCUUGCAGCUUGUGCUCAAUUGGGAUCAUUCAAUCUAGGUGUUUCUAUCCAUGCCUACGUGUUAAGGAAGAAUAUGAUAAUAGAUUUGCCUGCUCAAAACUCUCUUAUUACCAUGUAUGCAAAAUGUGGCCGUCCCAUUCAAAGCUGUGCUGUCUUUGACCUGAUGCUUGAACGUGAUCUCAUCUCGUGGAAUUCAGUUGUUGCUGGGCAGGCUCAGAAUAACAAUCUGUCCAAGUCUUUGUUGUUGUUCAGUCAAAUGCGAAGAACGAAACAUAGACCUGAUUCGAUAACUAUCAUUUCACUCCUUCAGGUAUGUGCGGUUAAUGGGGCUCUUCAGCAAGGGAGGUGGAUACACAACCAUGUCAUUAGGAACUUUCUUAGACCAUGUUUCUUGAUUGAUACAGCGUUGGUUGAUAUGUACUCCAAAUGUGGUAACAUAAACGCAGCAAAAAAGUGUUUUGAUUUGAUUCUUCAGCAUGAUUUGGUAUCCUGGAGUGUAAUAAUAGAUGCUUAUGGAAGCCAUGGACAAGGGCAGACUGCUUUGGAAAUGUAUCAUAAGUUUCUUCUUGCGGGAUUUGUGCCUAACCAUGUCAUCUUCUUAUCUGUUCUCUCGUCUUGUUGCCAUAAUGGGCUUUUAAAGGAGGGGAUAAGUUUGUUCUACUCCAUGCAAAGUGAAUUUGGUGUUGAACCGGAAUUGGAGCACUUAGCAUGCGUUGUGGAUCUCUUCUGUCGAGCCGGGAGGGUGAGAAAUGCGUACGAGUUUUAUAAGAAGAUGUUUUCAGAACAGGUGGGGGGCGUUUUGGGGAUUCUUGUCGAUGCGUGUCGGGCACAGAAUGAUUUGGAGCUUGGGGAUAUUGUGGCUAGAGAAAUUUUAGAGAUGAAACCUGAAGACGGUGCUGGAAAUUACUUGCAGUUGGCGCAUAGGUCUGCUUCGAUGGAGAGGUGGGAUGGUGUGAGUAAGGCGUGGGUUCAGAUGAGGUCUCUUGGGCUGAAAAAGAUACCUGGUUGGAGUUUUAUUGAACUGCAUGGUAGUAUAUGGACGUUUUUUAAUCAUCAUAGUUCACAUCCUCAAUAUGAGGAUAUUGUUUCAAUUUUGAAGAUCUUGAGCAACGAAACAAAGGAAGUUGGCAUUGAUGAUAAAGCAAAUACUUCUGUUUCAUUAAUAUAUUAGUUUUUUUUAAGAAAUCAAUUUUGAUAUUCAAAAUCGAACACUUUGAAGAUGGAGCAGCUAUGGCUAUCCAGCAAGGAUAAAGGCAUGGGAAAGAAACCCUAAUGAUUGAAGAAUCAUUCCAUUCCAUUCCCACAGGAGGAAAUGAUUCAAACUCAUUGCCUUCUGCCAGCUCCACC